AAUAAGAGACAACGUAUCUCGAUCAACUUAAAAAAACGGAGUUGUUGUGUCACGUGAAGAAUAGCAACUUUCUUCUAUGUAAAAAAAAAUUUUGUUUAAAAGUUUACCACCUAAACGCAACAAUCACUGGGUUGGUAUUACCAUAGCAUUUUCUGAAGUCUUGAUCAACACUUGCUGGAAAUAUUUGGAAAUAACAUCUGCAAUGGAGGUUGAUACGAAGAAACAUGAACGACGCUGUGUAAGUGAAAAGCCGCCUUCAAGUCCAAAGGAAUUUGCAUGUAAAAUCUGCGGUGUAAGUUUUGCUUACAAAUCUUCCCUCAAAUCACACAAUUGUAUCCCUAUAAAAGAAAAGCCAUAUAGAUGUGAAAUUUGUGGCAAAUCUUUCGGUGACUCAUUUAAUCUGAAAAGGCACGGUCUCAUCCACACAGGCGAAAAGCCAUACGAAUGUGAAAUCUGCGGCAAAUGUUUUUCUCAAUUAUCUCAUCUGAAAACACAUGCUCAUACCCACACUGGCGAAAAGCCGUAUAGAUGUCAAAUCUGUGACAAAUCUUUUAAUAUGUUAAAUCAUCUAAAAAUCCACAUGCGUAUCCACACAGGAGAAAAGCCAUAUGAAUGUGAAAUCUGCAACAAAUCUUUUGCUCAAUUAAUUAAUCUAAAAACACACGCUCGUACACAUACAGGUGAAAAACCACAUAAAUGUGAAAUUUGCGACAAAUCUUUUGCUCAAUUAAUUCAUCUGAAAAUGCACACUCGUAUUCAUAUAGGCGAAAAACCACACAAGUGUAAAAUUUGCCACAAAUCUUUUUUUCGACCAACUAAUCUAAAAGUUCACGUUCGUACCCAUACAGGUGAAAAGCCAUAUGAAUGUGAAAUUUGUGGCAAAUCUUUCGGUGACUUAUUUAAUCUGAAAAGGCACGGUCUUGUCCACACAGGCGAAAAGCCAUAUGAAUGUGAAAUCUGCGGCAAAUCUUUUUCUCAAUUAACUCAUUUGAAAACACACGCUAAUAUCCACACUGGCGAAAAGCCGUAUAGAUGUCAAAUCUGUGGCAAAUCUUUUGUUGUAUCGAGUCAACUAAAAAUACAUGCUCGCAUCCACACAGAUGAAAAGCCAUAUAAAUGUAACGUUUGCGGAAAAUCUUUCAUUAGUAAUUUUUUUUUGCAAAGGCAUGAUCGUGUACAUACAGGCGAGCGACCCUUUAAAUGCAACGAUUGUGGUAAGUCUUUUGCUACCAAAGGUUAUUUAAUAGCCCACAUUCGUGUUCAUACAGGUGAUAAGCCAUACAAAUGUAAAAUCUGCGGCAAAUCAUAUUCUCGAAUAGUUUAUCUAAAAAUGCAUACUUGUAUUCAGACGAACUGAUAAACUUAAUACUACUUUAAGAUCUGCGGGAAACAUUUUACUGAAAAAAGCAAUUUUAAAAUGCACAUUUGCAUAUGUGUAAUCGAGAAAUUAUAUGUAUGUAAAAAC